CAUCGUUUGGAUGUACAGGGACAAACAAGCCCUAAAUCACAUAUGUCUUGCACUAAUCCCGAUAUCCAGCCGCCUACCUUCCCCUUCUUCUCUGCUCUUCCCUUUUAUCUUCUCUCAGCCUCCUUCGAACGCAGACGACUGCCUUGUCUCAGUUACAUGCUCUGAGAUGAAUAGGGAGAAACUUAUGAAGAUGGCUGGUGCCGUUCGCACGGGUGGGAAGGGCAGCAUGAGAAGAAAGAAGAAGGCUGUACACAAGACAACCACCACAGAUGAUAAAAGGCUUCAGAGCACACUGAAGAGAAUAGGAGUGAAUGCUAUUCCUGCAAUUGAGGAAGUCAACAUAUUCAAGGAUGACAUUGUUAUCCAGUUUGUAAACCCCAAAGUUCAAGCAUCCAUUGCUGCCAAUACAUGGGUUGUCAGUGGCUCUCCACAGACUAAGAAAUUGCAAGAUAUUCUCCCUCAAGUUCUAAGCCAUUUGGGUCCUGAUAAUUUGGACAACCUGAAGAAGUUGGCUGAGGAGAUCCAGAAGCGGGCACCGGGUGCUGGAGCUACAGCAACUGCAGCACAAGAGGAUGAUGAUGAUCAGGUCCCAGAUCUUGUGGCUGGGGAGACAUUUGAAGCUGCUGCAGAGGAGGGCAAUGCUGCUGCUUAGUAAAGAUAGAGAGGGAUUUUGUGCUAUUUUAUACACUUCAUAUGUUUUUCAAGUUCUUGCUUUUGUAGUUAUAACUUGAUCCUUUAUCUUAAUCUUUUAGAAACACUGGAUGGUUGCUUGAUGUUUUUAUCCAACGUUUACUUUUUGAGCAA